UUAUCUAUCACAAAAACUGACUUUGAAAAUUGAAAAACGAGUACAUUUUACUAAUAUUUCUAUUUAUUUAAAAACAUAAUUAAUCCUGAAUAAAAGCAGAAAGUAUAGAAUUGUUCAAUUAUAGGAAAUUAUGCAUAUGACUCGCAUGAACUCCCCAUCUAUCGGAAUGGAUGAAGGAACAGGUGUUGGUCAUGCUUUAAACGACUUUCUCCUUCAGUUGGAAAACUACACUCCAUCAAUUCCUGAUUCUGUUGUAGCUUACUACCUGAAUAUAUCAGGAUUUGAGUCGCAAGAUCCCAGACUAAUUCGACUAAUUGCAUUGGCCUCACAAAAGUUCCUGUCGGACAUAGCCAAUGAUGCUCUCCAACACUGCAAGAUGCGAACAUCCAGCCAACUGGCGCAAAACUCUAAAAACCAAAAAGGACCAAAAGAGAAGAAAUUUGUAAUGACAAUGGAUGAUCUUGUGCCCGCUCUGCAAGAAUAUGGAAUAGUUGCCAAGAAACCACAUUACUUCAUUUGAGAAGCAACACAAUGUGAUACAACUUGUGAUAGUGACAUUAAAUUGAUUGUGGAAUAAUGAUUAUUAGUGGAGUAUCAGCAAGUGUUAUUAAGACAAACAUUAGUAAAAUUUUAGUCAUAUAAACAAAAAUCUUGAUAUAAGCUAGCUCAGAAGUAUGGACUUUAAAGAUUAAUUACUAAGCCAGGACAUACCACAUUACUAACACAUAUUAAUUUGCUUCACUGUAAAUUCCAUUUUAUAUUAUAGAAAAAGAAAAUUUAAUUAAAUAUGGUGGUUAGGGUUACUAAAGCUGAGGCACAUAACAUUUAAAGUAAAAAACUACCCCUUAAAUUAUUUUGUUCCCUUUUUAAGGGAUCAUAAUCAUAAAUAUAACACCAACUGCGGGUGAGUAGUAUCCAAAGCUCUGUCUCGGAGAAUCCAUGUUGACUGUGUGGAUAGUCAGUGAUAAUAUUUGUUUCUUUACUGACAUGGGAUCUAUAUCAGUUCUAUGGUGGUGGGAUAAGUGUCUAUAUAGCUAAUGUUUUGUUGUUCUAUCUAACCUAAGUUAAACUUGACUGAAAGGGACAAAACAUUUUGAUAGAUAAAAUAGGUUUAAUAAGUAGACACAUUUUUCUCAGACACAAAGUUAGGUUAUUUUUGUACCCCCUAAAGCAGUUCCAGCACCCUGAUGAGAAAGACAAUAUCAGAGCAUUUUAAAACUGUACAUAUCUUGAUACACACAAUAGUACUGUUAUAUAAAUUUUGUUUGUUUCACUAUUUUAUUCAUAAUUGCUUCUUCCUUGCUCAGUACUGCUUUAAUACCUAUAAUAUAUAUUAUACAAUACAUUAAUAAAAACGGUUUUAUCUCAAAAGUUGUAAUAACUGUAAGUAAUACUGUUAUUUUCAAACACAAUAAACAAACUGUAUAUUUAUUGUGUUGAGUAUUAUCCAUUUUCUGAGCUUUUUUUGGGUAAUUUCAUACUGGUAUAUAAGUUUAAUUGUACCAACAUAAUUCACAAAUCAUAUUUAAUUAAAACAAAUUGAAAUAAACAUUUGAUAUCAGCCACUGAAAUACUAUAUUUUAGCUAGAUAAAUUAUUUGUGAUUAUUUUUUAAUACAUUCAACAUUACCUUUAAUUAAAUAGUUAAUUUAAAAAAAGUAUUAAUGUGUUCUUUUAUUGAACUAAAAUUGUCUGUCAGAUAAUAACUAAACAACCAUACAAUCCAGCAUUAAUGGUAGUAAAUUUGGUAUUUGAAGUGACAUCAAAAGGAAUUCUCAUGAAUUAAUUUUAAGAAAAUAAAUGCCUUAUAAUUU